AAUGGAACUUAUAGAUGUAACGUUUUACCCCUUGGCAAGCUGAUUAGUGGGAAGGUCCUCCUUGCGAGCUGCGCUGAAUAAACGUCUCCUUUCUAAGGUAAACUCUGUGUACACAGAGUUCCUAAAAUCGACAACACCCUCCACGCUCCCGCUCCCCUCAGAGCUCCAGCCUGACGCCCUUCCUCCUAGUCCCUCCAGACUCACAGAAUUACAGUCAAAGGCUGGAAAAGACCUUCGAGAUCGUGCCCAACCUAUGAUUGAUCCCCUUUUGUCACCCAGACCACAUCACUGAGUAUCACGUCCUUCCACGGAUGAGGCCUCCAGACUUCCCUGGGCAGCCCCUUCCAAUGCCAGAACGCCCUUUCCACGAAGAAAUUCCUCCUGAAAUGCAACCCGAGCUUGGGACCACAUGCCCUUGUCCUUUCAAUGGCUGCUUGGGAGACCGACCUUCACCUGGCCUACAAAUCCCCGCAUUCCGCUCCUCGCGUUCCCCUCAGUGCUCCCGCUCCUACUGCCCCGCUUCUCCUCAGCGCUGCCCCCGCUCCCCUCAGCGCUCCCGCUCUCCCCGCCCCGCUUCUCCUCAGCGCUGCCCCCGCUCCGCCCUUCGUUCCCCUCAGCGCUCCCGCUCCGCCCUUCGUUCCCCUCAGCGCUCCCGCCCCGCUUCUCCUCAGCGCUGCCCCCGCUCCGCCCCUCGCUCCCCUCAGCGCUCCCGCCCCGCUUCUCCUCAGCGCUGCCCCCGCUCCGCCCCUCGCUCACCCCAGCUCUCCCGCCCCGCUUCUCCUCAGCGCUGCCCCCGCUCCGCCCCUCGCUCCCCUCAGCGCACGCUCCCUCCCCGCCCUUCCCAACGGCCGCCCGAGCGCGGCGGAUUCAAACCGGCGCUCGAACCGGGCCGCAGGAGGAAAACCGGGCGUUCUCCCUCCUCGCCUGGCCGAGUGGGUGGGAGAGUGGGACAGGGACGAAAACCGGGAAGCACUGGCCUUGCUACGCCUGUGCGAUGACGAAAGAUAUGGGAUCCUCGUCCCUGGAAGAUUUAUGCUUCCACAUCAAUACAAAGAUUUCAAAUGUUAAAAAGUGUAUCCAAUUGAGAGACAUGGGUGAAGAUGAAUCCUGCAAGCCUAUGCUCCCUAAAAUAAAGAAUAAGCUGCACCUUGUACAUGAUCUCCUGAAUAAAAUGGAAAUUAUAAUUAAACGGCAAGAAAAGUUGAAAGAUUUGCUGAAAGAGCUCCAGAAGGCUGCUGAGAGAGAUCAAGAAGCAGCACAGCACCUCCUUGAACACAUUCCACCCUACCUGCCUAAACCAACCAAGAGCUGCAUCACGGUGCCAACUGAGAUACAGGAAGGGCAAAAAAAGACUGUAGAAGCUAAGACUGCAAAGAAGCCUGCAAAAGAGCCAAUAGUCAUUAAAGAAGUGGCACUAAUAACCACAGAGGAGUUUGAAAAUAUUCCUGCGUAUCUGAAAGGCCGUAUUGCAUAUGAUCAGAUUAAUGCAGUUGUUCAACAGUUAAACAAGGCUCUGGAGGGCAAGUACAAGGUCUUGCAUCAGCCUUUGAAGUCCAUGAGUGUACCAGUCAGAAAUCUGUACCACAGGUUCAUGGAAGAAGAAACUAAGGAUACAAAAGGAGUGUUUUUUAUUGUGGAGGCUGAUAUCAGGGAGUUCACUCAGCUGAAGCUGGACAAGCGCUUCCACAGCAUCCUGAGCAUCCUGCGGCACUGCCAGAGAGUGCGGGAGCUCCGCAGCUCGGGGCUCAUCCGCUACAUCGUCUGCUGACCAGCUCCCGUGCCUGCCCCCGUGUCCUGUGCCCAGCCAGCAGCACUGAGGCACAGGGACUGCUUCCCAGGAGGUGCUUAAAUAUUUGAGUUUUGUUUUGUGAAGUCAAGGGGAACUACAGACCCGAGCCAGAAAGGCAGCUGGGCACAUGCAGUUAAUCACAUUUCCUGAACGUGAAAGUAAAGUUCCUUGCAUGUUGA